GCCGGUGGCUGUCAGCGUGUCUCCGGACAUGUAAUCAGGUUCGCUCCUGCUGUCAUGGCCUCCACUACCGCGCAGCUCCUUCCUGUCACAGUGAUCACGGUUCUGGCAGUGCUGGUAUCAUCCGAGGAUCAUAAGUGGCACUUUGAUCCAACUCAGUGUCGAUAUGCCCUGGGGAUGGAGGAUGGCACCAUCCCAGACUCUGACAUCACCGCCUCCAGCGCCUGGUCAGACUCCACGGAGGCCAAACAUGGAAGGUUAAGCACUGGAGAGGGGGAUGGAGCGUGGUGUCCGGCAGCACCAGUCUUCCCCAGCGAGUCGGAAUACCUUCAGAUUGACCUUCGGAAACUCUACUUCGUGGCUCUGGUUGGAACCCAAGGUCGGCACGCUGACGGGCACGGCCAGGAGUUUGUCCGCAGUUAUCGACUCCGAUACUCCAGAGACGGAAAGAAAUGGAUCACCUGGAGGGACCGCUGGGGACAAGAGGUGGUGUCAGGUAAUGAGAACACCUAUGAUAUUGUGCUGAAAGACCUCGGCCCGCCAAUUGUUGCCCGUAUGGUCCGGUUUUACCCCCUGGCCGACCGGGUGAUGAGUGUUUGCCUUCGGGUGGAGCUCUACGGUUGUGUGUGGAAUGAUGGGUUGAACGCUUACACGGCUCCGGUGGGUCACGUCAUGAACUUGCUCGGCAUGCCGGUCUAUCUCAACGACUCCACCUAUGAUGGGAGCACAGAACAAGGGAUGCAGUUCGGAGGCCUCGGUCAGCUGUGUGACGGCGUCCUGGGAGGAGACGACUUUAUAGAAACCAAGGAGCUGCGGGUGUGGCCGGGGUACGAUUACCUUGGAUGGAGUCGGGAAGCCCUCGGGCAAGGCAGCGUGGACAUUGAGUUCCAUUUUGAGAAACCCAGAUUCUUCAACAAUAUGCAGGUGCACAGUAACAACCGGCACACGCAGGGCGUGCGAGUCUUCAGCAAAGUAGAGUGUCUUUUCAAGCCUGGCCUCCUCCAGCCCUGGUCCUCUCCUGCGCUUACCCUGCCUGUUCCCCUCGAAGAUCUGAAGGAUCCCUCUUCACGACCCAUCUCCCUCCCACUCGGCAGCCGGCUGGCUCAGAUCCUCCGCUGCAAAUUCUACUUUGCAGACCGCUGGUUGCUCAUCAGCGAGAUAUCCUUCCUGUCUGAGCCACUUGAAGAGGAUGAGACGGGCGCCGAUUCAUUUCUUCACAAUCCUCCAAAGUUCCUGGACCCCAGUCCGUCAGCCCCGGUGAACGCCACCUCCUCUGUCCCCACAUCGACUCCCAGUUCAUUCAGCAGCACCUCUGAGCCUUCUGAACCCCCCACCGCCACCACCCUCAUGACGGACACCACUGGUAACUGGACGCUGUCAGAUGUUGGCUCACCUAAAAAUGCAGUUUACACGAGUCUAAAAGGGCGGGAAUUUGCUGCCAUUACUCCGAGGGCGGGGCUUCCUGUAGCCAAAGACGAUGGCAGUAACACAGCUAUUCUGAUUGGCUGCCUGGUGGGCAUCAUCCUGCUGCUGCUGGCUGUUAUAGUUGUCAUUCUCUGGAGGCAGUACUGGAAAAAGAUUCUGGGGAAGGCCCAGGGCAGUCUGUCCAACUCCGAGCUCCGGGUCCAUCUGUCCGUCCCCUCAGACAACGUGGUCAUCAACAACACGCACAGCUACUCCAGCCGCUACCAGCGUAUUCACACGUUUCCCGACGACCGGGACCCUGACAGAGACGGGGAGGGCGAAUACCAGGAGCCCAGCGCUCUGCUCCGGCCCAGAGACCACAGGGACAGCACGACCUUGCCGUUAAACAAUCCGGCCUAUCACCUGCUCCAACCAGAUCACAGAAAAGGCUCCAGAGCCGUAGUUGUCCCGAGAUCCAAUCGGGCUCAAGAAAAGAGCCUCAAUGUGCCCCAGGCUUGUGGUUUGGACUUGGACCUGGAGAAAGGCUUCCCCCCAGCACACGAAGAGCCUCCCCCCUAUCCUGGCUCCCCGCCUUAUCCAUCUCUGUCUCCACCAGUCUCUCCCCCGCUGCCUCCCAGCGUCCCGCAUUAUGCCGAGGCAGACAUUGUAAGCCUGCAGGGGGUCAGCGGCAACAACACCUACGCUGUGCCGGCCCUGGCCUCCUCCAGCCCUGGUGCCGACGCCCUGCCGCUGCCGGAGCUGCCGCGCCAGUGUCUCGUCUUCAAGGAGAAGCUGGGAGAGGGACAGUUCGGGGAGGUGCACCUGUGUGAAAUUGAGAACCCUCUGGACCUCCCGAUCCUGGAGUUCCCCUUUAAUGUGAGGAAAGGUCGCCCUCUUCUGGUGGCAGUGAAGAUACUGCGCCCAGAUGCCUCCAAGAAUGCCAGAAACGACUUCCUGAAAGAGGUAAAGAUCUUGUCUCGCCUGAAGGACCCAAACAUCAUCCGGCUGCUGGGAGUGUGUGUGAGCAGUGAUCCCCUCUGCAUGGUCACUGAGUACAUGGAGUGUGGAGACCUGAACCAGUAUCUGUCCCAGCGUGUCCUGCUGGAUAAAACUGAGCCUUCACACAACACGCCGACCAUCAGUUAUCCAGCGAUCAUCUCCAUGGCCAGCCAGAUUGCAUCAGGAAUGAAGUUCCUGUCCUCCCUGAACUUUGUGCAUCGGGAUCUGGCCACUCGCAACUGCCUGGUCGGCGGAGAGAAGGGUGAGAGCGGCGAGGAUCAAGGCGGGGAGCGUCACAUCAAGAUAGCCGACUUCGGGAUGAGCAGAAACCUGUACGCCGGAGACUACUACAGGAUCCAGGGCAGAGCUGUGCUGCCGAUACGAUGGAUGGCCUGGGAGUGCAUCCUCAUGGGUAAGUUCACCACAGCCAGCGACGUGUGGGCGUUCGGGGUCACUCUGUGGGAGAUGCUGAGCGUUUGUCAGGAGCAGCCGUACUCCAACCUCACAGAUGAGCAAGUCAUAGACAACGCUGGGGAGUUCUUCAGAGACCAGGGCAGACAGGUGUAUCUGGGCAGGCCGGCUGUGUGUCCUCAGGGUCUCUACGAGCUCAUGUUGAGCUGCUGGAACAGGGACUGCAAGCUCCGCCCCUCUUUUGCCGACAUCCACUCCUUUCUUACCGAGGACGCCAUGAACAUGGUUUGAUGGAAGAGCAACAGGAACAAAAGCGACCUGAGUGCUCGAGCUUGGCCGGUGAUGUGGGAUGUUGUGGUGGAGGGUGCGUUCACAGGGAGAGUGGGUCGCUCGCUUGUGCAUUUUUGUACUUUUUUGGGUGGACGGGGCUGGGACACCGCUGGUUCGGUUUUACUUCCACAUCAGACCCCCCCCAAAGACGCCUUUUAGUGGGUAACGGCUACAUUUUGUAGUGAUUGGUGGUGGGUUCAGUCUGCAUAUUAGUUUUCUCUUGUUUCAGCUUCUUUACAAUUAAGGAGAGAUUGCAUCACUGGUGAUUCGGUGCUGCAGAGUUGAGGAUGCAGGAAUCACAAUCAAUAACUACAGCUUCAUGUCUGACAUCCAACGUAUUCAGCAUUUUAAAUGUUAUUCGUAGCUUAACGGGUGAAUAUGCUAUGUCUCCGCAUAUCAUGAAGAACUCAACACCUGUUGUUUGGAGGUGAAAUAGCACACACAGAGGGAUUGUCUUAGUAUUUAUAGCCCACAGCAUGCCCUGUAACUCAGUGAGCUUACUCCCAGCUACAUCCCCUUUGGCCUACUUCUUACUACGUCUCUUCAUUUGAUCUCAGCCCCACAUUCUUGCCCAGUGACCCACAUCCACAGCGUUUGUGGAGAAGUAAAAACGGCACGGACCGGACAGCAGCAGCCCCCUUUUCUAUAAUGUGAAUACAUCAAGUCCGUCAUCAGGCACCAAUCUCCCAUCUUUAAUCAUAGAAAUAGUUAAAGAGCCAUCUGACCUCCAUCUGUGAGAGGAAAAAGGUCUGCACCCGAUGCUGAACAGACUCCCCAAACAAGAGGAAAGAUGCACAGAAGAUGAGUCUGCAGAUGCAAAUUAACAAAAUAUUUUUUUUUUCAGCAGAGAGACGAUGCUCUGGGACUCCUUCUCAGGCGCCGGUGUUUUUUAUUUUUUUCUCUGUACUGUUGUUCCUUUAUUUGACUGCGACUCGGUCAGGAAGGAUCGAUUUUUUAAAAAUUCCACAAAUCAGCAGCACUUUACCCAACAUGCAUUUCCCUGUCUGUGAUGAAAGUCCUCUCUGUAACGGGUCUGAAUGAUGAUUCCCGAUUCUCCUCGCAACUAUUCACAAAAUGUUCUGAACACAAUCGGGAUAUGCAUCUCAAACGUGUACGCUUCCUGUUAAGAUACCCAGUUUUUGUGAUGUUAAAAAUACUGUGAUGAAUAAUUUUAAAACUAUUUUCCACCUUUUUAUAUGGGAUUCGUCUUGUACACUUCCAGUAAAAAAAAUAAAAUCUGUAAAUGAAAGAAACUAUAAAGCAUAAAAAGCUGUAAUGACCUGGUUGCAUAACUGUACACACCCUGUAAGUGGUACUUUUAAGGCUGUUGUACCCAACUCUGGUCCUCAGGGGCCCCAGUCCUGCAUGUUUUAGGUGCAUCCUUGCUCCCACACACCUGACUUAAAUGAAUCUAUGAUAAAGAGGCGUCUGCAGCACCCGAUGGUCAUGCAAACAUUUGAAGCGGGUGAGCUGGUACAGAG